UUCCUUUUGCUGCAUAUUGGCAGCUUCCUACUUCUCUUAGUCUCAGACACAAAAAGCACAUACUUUCACACUCAUACAAACACAAGAAUCAUCAUUUCAGUUUACUAUCUUCACCCUUCAGCUGGUGAAAAAAUAGGGGGUGAAGAUGAAGAUACAGAGAUGUGUAAGUAUGUAUUUAUGCAUUGUUGUGAUGGUUGGAUUGAUUGGUAGUAGCAAAGACUGUGUGGAGGGGCUGCCUCGCCGGAUUAUCUUGGAUACAGAUGUCGAUACCGAUGAUUUAUUUGCUCUGUUAUACAUUUUGAAGCUUAAUACAUCAGACUUUCAUUUGGAGGCAGUUACUAUAAACACCAAUGCUUGGACCAAUGCAGGACACGCUGUAAAUCAGAUCUACGACAUACUUUACAUGAUGGGAAGAGAUGAUGUCGCAGUCGGUGUUGGGGGCGAAGGUGGAAUACUAGAAAAUGGUACAAUAUUGCCUAAUGUUGGUGGAUAUCACCCCAUCAUUGAACAGGGAAAUACCACAGCUGCAUAUUGCAGAUAUAGACAAGCUAUUCCGGUAGGCCUUGGUGGAAGAUUAGACAUUGACACAAAUUUAGGCUUUCGAAAGAGCUUCCUUCCACAGGGAAGAAGGAGAUAUACACCUCUGCAUCAGCCCACAUCUCAGCAAGUGCUCAUUGAUAAGAUUUCUGCAGGGCCAAUCACUGUAUUUAUAAUAGGGGCAUCCACUAAUUUUGGUAUAUUCCUAAUGUCUAAUCCACAUUUGAAGAAAAACAUUAAGCACAUAUACAUGAUGGGUGGAGGUGUGAGGUCUAGUAACCCUACCGGUUGCUGCCCCAAGAACUCUAGCUCAACGUGCCAGCCUCGCCAGUGCGGUGAUAGGGGGAAUCUGUACACUGACUACACCUCCAAUCCUUAUGCAGAGUUCAACUUGUUUGGGGACCCUUUUGCUGCAUAUCAGGUGAUACAUUCUGGGAUCCCAAUCACUCUUGUGCCAUUAGAUGCCACGAACACCAUCCCCAUAACUGUGGACUUCUUUGAGGAGUUUGAGAAGAAUCAGCACACCUACGAGGCGCAGUACUGCUUCAAGUCCUUGAAAAUGGCCCGUGACACAUGGUUUGAUGAUCAGUUCUUCACGAGUUAUUUCAUGUGGGAUUCAUUCCUAUCCGGUGUGGCAGCUUCCAUCAUGCUCACGGAAAACAACGUUAAUGGGGAGAAUGAGUUUGCUGAUAUGGAGUACAUGAAUAUCACGGUGAUCACCUCGAACGAGCCAUAUGGUGCAUCUGAUGGCUCGAACCCACUAUUCAAUGGAGUCCAAAAACCAAAGUUUGGUUUAAGAAGAGAUGGCGUUCACAGCGGCCAUGUUCAGACUGGACUGCGCGAUCCAUUUUGCAUUGUGAAGAAUGGGAAGGGCAGGUGCAAGGAUGGAUAUACUGCAGAAGUGACUGGUGAAGGAGCUGGAGGCAUACCUGUUCUUGUAGCCGUGAGAGCUAAGCCUAAUCGCGACAGAAACAACAAAUUGAACAGAGAAUUUUUUGGGAACUUUCUAAAUGUUUUGAACAAAAAAGAACAAUCUGGAAAGUUCAAUUUCACAAAGCAAUUUCCUCACUACAAAGAAGUCCUGUACAGGCCAGACCUCAAAGGAAGGCAGCUGGGAAAGAAGGUCGUUUUCGACAUGGAUAUGAGUGCUGGAGAUUUUCUAGCACUCUUUUAUCUCCUAAAAAUACCUGUUGAAGUUGUAGAUCUCAAGGCAAUCAUAGUGAGUCCUACAGGAUGGGCGAAUGCAGCAACGAUUGAUGUUGUUUAUGACCUUUUACACAUGAUGGGACGCGAUGACAUCCCCGUUGGUCUAGGAGAUGUGUUUGCAGUCAAUCAGACUGAUCCCAUUUUCUCAGCUGUUGGAGACUGCAAGUACAUCAAGGCCAUCCCACAUGGUAGUGGUGGCUUUCUUGACUCGGACACCCUUUAUGGACUUGCUCGUGAUUUGCCACGUAGCCCUCGGAGGUAUACAGCAGAAAAUUCAGUGAAAUUUGGAGCUCCUAGAGAUACUGAACACCCUGAACUAAGGCAGCCCCUAGCUCUUGAGAUAUGGCAGUCAGUAGUAGAGUCUCUCAAGCCCGGAUCAAAAGUUACUAUUUUGACAAAUGGGCCAUUGACAAAUGUUGCAAAGAUUAUUCUUUCGGGCAAGAAUUCGACUUCUUCCAUUGAGGAGAUAUUGUUAGUUGGAGGGCACAUUGGCAAUAGUGAAACAGAUAAAGGAAAUGUCAUCAACACUCCAACAAACAAAUUUGCAGAGCUCAACAUGUUUCUUGAUCCUUUAGCUGCAAAGACAGUUUUUGAGUCAGGACACAAAAUCACACUAGUCCCACUCAAUGUACAGCGACGAGUCAGUCGAUUCAAUGGGGUUUUAGCCAGCCUCCGCCUCACAAACAAGACACCUGAAUCAAUAUUCGCAAGGCGUCUGCUUUCAAGAUUGCACAUGUUAAAAAGGACUCAUCCCAGAUAUGAACAUGUGGAUAUGUUUUUGGGGGAAAUUCUUGGUGCAGUGAUCUUAGGAGGAAAUGAGUGGUUCCUGAAGACGAUGUAUACAGUGAGGAAUCUUGGUGUGCAAGCAACGGGCAUGCUGUCCAAAGACGGACAGAUAACUAUAGAUGAGAAUAGAGGAGGUUUGGUAAGAGUGUUGGAAAGUGUUGAUCCUUUGGCUUGUUAUUACACUUUUGCUACUCAACUUGGUGAUGAGAAGCAAUCUUCUGUCAUUGGAAGCUUUGAAAUGCAGAGAAGAAUGUGGAAUUCUCCUCAUAAAUGAGAGUAUGAAAAUGCAUCCAAUUAAGACAUGCCUUUUUUAAGUUCAUGUUUUCAGUUGAUCAA